AUGAUCUUCUCGUGGGCACUAUCGCCGACGGUGCAGGCUGCACAGCUUCCUUACAUGCUUGUCGUUUGUUUGUUGUUGCAAUGGGGAUUGGCCCUGGCACAUGAAUCCGUGGAUGCUGGGUGUGGAGCCGAAACAUGUGGGAACGAAAAAGCCAGCCCCACUUUCUCAAGCGCCGCAAUCCCAAGCAGGGACAAGGUCACCGAGGUCCAAGAUUGGCUGUGCGGCUUCGGAGGGGACGGUGCGGUGUCUUUGGCAUCAGUGCGUUGGCUUGACGUGCAGCAGGUGUUGGAGCACAGCUGCGGCUUCGUUAACAACUCCAAGCCUGUGCGCUUUGCACUCGUCAGGACGCACAAGACAGGCAGCACCACAGUCGCCACAACUUUGUUGCGCUCUGGAAUGUCGCUGGGGUUGCGCUGGGCCGGCUGCGAUGACGGUUCACGCUUCGUGCCCCACGAGCGUGCCUGUAAGGCCCGCGAAUACUCAGGCCAGAAUGAGGGUAAGUAUGAUUUUGAGUCACGGCACACCUAUGAAUUCGCCACAUGGUGGACGUCAGAACCCUAUUUGGGGCAAUGCGACGCCGACGGCAGGCAUUUCGAGCGCACUCUGAUGGGAUAUGAGGAGCAGAUGGGUUCUGACGUGCAGGUUUUUGUGUUGAUUCGGGAAGCUCAUUCACACUUGCGGUCUACACUGGACUUCUUUGAGGUUCCAUUCGCCAAGUUCAAUGCAUCUGAGAGUCUUUGGAACCCUUUGGCAAAAGACCUUCGCCUCCUGGAGUUGGACCACGUAGAAGACUUCCUUGCCCGUUGGCCCUUCAAUCGCACAAACCGCCUGCACGUCCUCGUGACCGAGGAGUUGUCCGCGUCGAUGGUUCUCUUUCGCAGAAAAGUGAAUUGGUCUUUGCGGGAUGUGGUUUUCCUUUCGAGUCGUGUUACCAGGAAGUACGGCAAAAUACCUGAUCGUGCUUCCAUGCCGCCUGGGCGUUUGGACUGGGAUGAGAGGCUGAACGAGGUCCUGCGACCGCUAUUCCAAACCGAGCUCGGGAGGCAGUCAAGCGACUUCCAACGUGAAGUGGUAGCGCUGAAUCGAAUCAACUCAGCACUGCCCUUGGUCUGCGCCCAAGCAGAAAUCCCCUCCGAGGGCCUACUGGCAAGGGUGUGCGAAGCCAAGGUUGACAGCAUGCAAGCUGGAAGGCAGCAGGUGAUGCAGUAUCGCAAAUGGCAUUGUGGAUCUGGGUGA